AUGGGCGACAAACCGCGUGAGGAGCUCAUGUGUUCUAUGCGCGAGCUCUUCACUGAUGACACAUACUCCGACCUUACCAUAACAUGCGGUCGCGACCAACACCGUGUGCAUAAAGCCAUUGUCUGUCCACGCUCCAAGUUCUUUGCUGCAGCCUGCAAUGGAGUGUUUAAGGAAGCGCGCACGGCAAAGAUUCCGCUCCCACACGACGACGCUCAGGCUGUGAGGCUGAUGGUGCAUUAUCUCUAUCACCUCGACUAUCCGCAUGUUUCCUUGUAUAGCGAGGACGAUGACCGUGGCGAUGGAACCGCGGAGGAGGUCGAAGCGGGAACAGCGAAUGUUGACGCUGGUGAUGAAUACAACCAAGAGGAGGCUGCACCGGCUCAAGAGGCACCACCAUCGGAGGAGGUUCUUCAGGUAGAAGAAGCACUAUCUGAAGCAGCAGAGCCGCCUUCUCCUCCCCCUCCCCAGCUUGAGCCCCAGCGGAUUGAUGUUAUUUACGCACCAUGGGACUCUUCUGGCUCUACGAAGAAGAUGAAAAAGCGCAAGAAAAAGUCCUCCUUCUGGUAUGAAGGACCUAGGGCUGAACCUGAACGCAUGCUCCUUCAGGAGAGCGAUGAAGGACCAUCGCGGGCAGCCUAUGCGCAGAGAGCCUGGAACGAUCCGCCACAGGCCACAGAGGACGCACCAGAAGAACCGGUACCAGCAGACUUAGAUGCGACCCAACCACUGAUUCAAUCUCCUAACCUCAUCAUCCACGCCAAAGUCUAUGCCUUGGCCGAAAAAUACAACAUCACGGCGCUCAAAGCACUCGCGCUCGAGAAGUUUGCGGUCGAGGCUGGGACAUUUUGGAACAGCACCGAGUUCUCACAGGCGGCGUACGAGGCAUAUACUUCAACAAUCGAGAGUGAUAGGGGAUUGAGAGAUGUGGUGGUAGGAACACUGUAUCAGCAUCCGGAGAUGUUGAGCAAGAAGGAUGUUCAGGACGUUGUGAGAGACCUCAACCUCGCGUAUGAUUUACUCAUGUAUGUACGCGAGAAAAGGCGCUGGUAA